AUGGUACAAGAAACUAUUACAGACGAGAAAAUUAAAGAUAGUCAUGAUGCUAAUGGAAAACUUCAUGAUGAAGAAGAAAAUCAAAUAUUUAGUGAAGAUGAUGUAGAAGAAAUGAUAUCAGCUGCUGUUAGCACGAACGAUGAUCCAACUUUACCUUGUUUGACUUUUCGAUUUUGGUUGUUAAGCACCUUCUUUACAGGAUUGGGUGCCUCUAUAUCAGUAUUCUACUUCUUCCGUGCAAAUGGCGUUGCUUAUUCUAUGUUCUUUGUGAUACUUGCUUCCUAUAUUAUUGGAAAAUGGAUGGAUAAAAUCUUUCCGAAUAGGAUAUUUCGUAUUGGAAAGUUUGAAUUUAAUUUUAAUCCAGGUCCUUUUAACUAUAAAGAACAUGUGUGCAUCGUCGCUGCUGCUAAUGCUGGUGGUCUUAGCGCGUAUGCUGUGGAUAUUAUCUCAAUUCAAGAAUUAUUCUAUGCUACUGAAGUCAAUUUCUUAAUUGGUUUCCUGUUAUUAAUUAGCACACAAAUGCUUGGAUAUGGACUUGCCGGUUUUGUUCGAAAAUGUAUUGCUUCUUUGUUAUGUCUCAUGGCUCCAAAUAAUAAUACGGCUAAAAUAUUGGGAAGUGCUCAAAGAGGUGCCGGAAUGCUUACUUUUUCUUUUGACUGGAACGCUAUUGGACAAAUUUUUCCCUUAUAUACUCCAUGGUGGUCUCAAGUAAAUUAUAUGACUGGUGUUAUUUUAUCAAUAUGGGUUAUUGCUCCGGCAUUCGAUGCCCAAAAAUUCCCCUUUAUGUCAUCUCAUACAUUUGAUAAAAAUGGAGAAACAAGCAUCAUUGAUCCAGCAACCGGUGCUCUCAAUGAAACUGCAUAUAACAAUUAUAGUCCUGUGUUUAUGUCUGCCGCAUUUGCUAUUUGUUAUCUCUAUUCUUUCUUGCAAUUUCCCGCAACUCUUAGUCAUGUGAUACUAUUUCACGGAAAGGAAAUUUGGCAUCGAUUCAAAAAAACUCGCGAGGAAGAAGAAAAAGAUGAUAUUCAUUGCAAAAUGAUGGCUGCCUAUCAAGAGGUACCAGAUCUUUGGUAUGCUGGUAUUUUUGUUUCUAUGUUAGUUGUCGCAAUUAUUCUUGGUUAUACAACCGGUGCAAAUUUACCUUGGUGGUCUUUAUUGCUUGCUGUUGCUCUUGCUAUGCUCAUGGUACUUCCGAUAGGAGUUAUUCAAGCCGUCUCAAAUUGGCCAAUUGGUUUAAAUGUUAUAAGUGAAUUGGUGUGCGGUUUUCUUUUACCCGGCAAUGCUAUCGGAAACGUAUACUUUAAAACAUAUGGACACAUGUCUUUGACUCAAUGUUUGUUAUUUGUUCAAGAUUUAAAAUUAGGUCAUUAUAUGAAAAUUCCUCCAAAAAGCAUGUUCAUAUCACAAAUAUGGGGUACAUUGAUUGGUAUAAUUUGGGCUGGUCUUAAUUCUGAAAUAUUCAAUACUGCAUCUAUAGUGUGGGGAUUGGUUGGACCUGCAAGGACUUUCGGGUCUGGCUCAAUUUAUAAUGUACUCCUUUGGGGUUUCUUAAUUGGUGGCUUUUUACCAGUACCAUUUUAUCUACUUCAUCGAAAAUACCCAAAAGCAAGAUUCAAUCUCGUGAAUAUGCCUGUGAUAUUAAACGGUCUAACUACUUUUCCCGGAACUUAUGCAAAUUUCAUGAUCACUGGGCUUAUUACAAGCUUUAUGAGUCAAUUUUAUGCUUUUCGUUAUAAGAAAAGAUGGUGGACAAAAUAUAAUUAUGUAAUGUCUGCAGCAUUUGAUGCCGGUGCACAAAUCAUGACAAUAGUUUCCUUCAUUUUGCUUACUGGUGUUGUGCAGGUACCAUUUCCAACUUGGUGGGGUAAUGAUCCGUCAUCUGAUAGUGAACAUUGCUUUACUGCUAGUUAA